AUGGACGCCGCAGUGGUGGGAGCAGUGCUUUCUCCUACCAUCCAAACCAUACUAGACUGUAUAACCUCAAGUAAGUUCCGAGAUUUUGUUAAGGACAGAGAGCUAAAUGUUCGACUCUUGGAUGAGCUGAAGAUAACUCUCAUUAUGCUUGAUGCUAUUCUCAUUAAUGCUGAAGAGAAGCAGAUCACUAGUCCUGCAGUGAAGAGAUGGCUUGAAGAGUUGAAAGAUGCCAUUGAUGAUGCAGAAGAUUUGUUGGAUGAAAUCAACACUGACUCUCUCAGAUACCAGGUGGAAAGAUUCUGA